CGUGUGAGCGUUCAGGGGAGGGCGAGGUAAAGUGAUGCUGAGCCAAUGGAGAUACUCAUGCGAGGAGCAUCUGUCUUAAACCCAAACUAACCGCUGGCAUAACGCUCCUGUCUCCGGCUUGAGAGGCGCGUCGAGGUCAUAAUCUGACUGAAGUUUGAAGAAGCGCGCUCUUAUUCACUGUCUUUGGGAGAUUCGCUUGAGCAGGACAAAACAAGAAGGCUAUGUAGACAGGAGCUGAUGUUUAUCCCACGGAUCUACUGGACAGCACAUACCCGUGACGACAUCAUCCCCCACAAAUCCCGGGAGAUUCUUCUUUCUAUGUGGAUUAAAGUCUACAGCGAGGAAACUAGAGCUUAAACAGCUGGGAUUUUUCUAUGUUCCUGACAUCAUCUGUAGGAAAUGAGACCUGGGCGUCUGUCUUUUUUCUCUACAUGGACGAAAAGCCAAGGAAAGUGUUCUGAAAGCUGACCGUCAGGAUUAAUUUUACUUACAAAACUGCCCCUUUAUCUUUAAACCCAAAGAAGAGCCUGAUGGUGUCAUAUGAUAUGGACUAAUUGUACUCAGUAAGAGCGCCCGGCGGCAGCACUUUGGCUCCAGAUGAAACUGAUGUUUUUCUGCAUAAUUUUUUAUUCGGUCUGGAGCCGUUAGCCCUCCCGCACUGUGUGUCGUAGCAUGUGGCUUGGGCUCAACAUCCACAGCCAAACCGAUUUAGACCACGAAGGAACCAUCUCUACAUCUGUAGAUACUCUGUCAUUUUUUAGAGGGAUGCACAGAGACAUCUGAUCUGCUUUCCUCACGUUUUUUGUUCUCUUUACCUAUGCGAUUUCCUAAAGAAGAAGCCCAAGAGAUCCCGCUCUCUUUCACACGUGCACCUACGGCAGCCAUGAGGGUCACACCGACACAUUUGGCAGGACUACAGAGCGGUGCUCCACGUGGAUAAAUUAGUUUAUUUCGUGUCGGGGUUACACAUUCUUGCCAUAUAUUUUUACAACUGCAAUGCUCGUGGAACACGACAGGAAAGACUUAAAAGGGCCUGAUGCACCUUUUAAGAGCAGCAACAAAAAUGAAUAAAUCAUCAAGAGGGAGUGAGGGCUAGUUCUUCACAGACAGCACUGAAGGAAACGCUCUUCACCCCCUACCAGAGAGAGAGGUCUCUGGCAGACUGACAGUUGCAGCCUCUCCUGCUCUCUAGCCUGGUGGAACGUUGAUGCAUUUGCCUUGAGUUUCACGUUCCUCGGCCUUCCCCCUACGUGCCUGUGUCAUGCUCUGUUGCCGGUGUGCCGUCCUGGAGCCAUGCCCAUCCCCGAGAUGGCUUUGAGCCCGGUGAAGUCUUUGUACUGGGAGGUGUUCCCCUCCAUGGCCACGCAGCGGGUGUACUGCACGCCUGUGCUCUGGGCUGGACGCCUCUAUGUUCUGGGGGGCUGCAGUGAGAACGGCCUCCCUCUGGACUCAGCCGAGGUGCUGGAUCUGGAGAGCCAGUGCUGGUGCGAGCUGCCCCCUCUCCCCACCGCACGGGCCGGGGCAUCUGCCGUGGCCGUCGGAGACCAGUUGAUGGUCAUGGGAGGCAUGGAUGCACAGCAGAGCCCGCUGGCCUCGGUGGAAGUGUAUCAUCCUGAUGAGGGCAAGUGGGAGAGGAAGACAGGACUGGGGCAGCCCUCCAUGGGGAUCACCACACUGGAGAAAGAUGGCAAGGUGUAUGCACUGGGCGGGAUGGGGGCUGACACGACCCCUCAGGCCUCAGUGAGGCUGUAUGAGCCAACAAAGGACCAGUGGCUGCCCCUCACCUCCAUGCCCACCCCACGCUACGGAGCAUUCUCCUUCCUGCGCGGUAACAAGAUCUAUGUUCUAGGUGGGCGUCAGGGCAAGCUGCCAGUGACCGCAUUCGAGGCCUUCGACCUUGAGAUGAAGAGCUGGACGCGGUACCCAUGCAUCCCCAGCCGCAGAGCGUUCUCCUCAUGCACUGCCAGCGACAGGGCGUUUUUCAGCCUGGGGGGUCUUCAGCAGCCUGGACCCCACAACUUUUACUCCAGACCUCACUUCGUCUCCACUGUAGAGGAAUUUGAUUGUGAGCAGGGUGUGUGGUUGAAGGCCACGCGGAGCUGUCGCAUGAGAGAGAAGCGGGCGGACUUCGUAGCUGGCUGUCUCGGUGGAUGGGUCAUCGCUGCGGGGGGGGACUCGGUAAGUAAACAGCCGAUCACGUCCCCGCUGGCGUCAGUGGAGAGUUAUAACCAGCUGAAGAGGAGAUGGGAACCUGUGGCCCCGUUACCCAGCCCUCGCUGCUCCUGUGCCUCCAUUCAGACCCCAAACAUGCUGUUCCUCAUCGGAGGGGUGUCCCAGGGUCCCAGCAAUGCCGUGGAAGCCCUCUGUUUGAAAGAGACCGUCUGACACACACACACACACACACUCAUACACACACUAAUGAACAACUACACAAAUCCUCACAUGCUGUACUUUCCGGA